AUGCGGAGAGUCAUCUCAUCGUGCAACGAGUGCAAGUUGCAGCGAGCGCGGCCGAUGCCGCCGAUAAUGGGACCCCAUCCGGAAGACAGACUGGAUGCGGGUGGAUGGCCAUUCAAAUACACAGGACUGGACUACUUUGGGCCACUGCUGGUGACUGUGUCCCGUCACAAGGAGAAGUGUUGGGUCGCCUUGUUUACGUGUUUGACGACAAGGGCGAUUCACCUGGAGCUGGCGCAUGACCUGUCGACGGAUUCCUGCAUAAUUGCGAUCAGGAACUUCGUCUGCCGUAGAGGGCCAGUAUAUAGACUGCGCAGCGAUAACGGCAAGAACUUCGUGGGAGCUGACAGGGAAGCCAGGCGCUUUGGUGACGUAUUCGAGAUGGAGAAGCUUCAGAGUGAGUUGUCAAGCAGAAGCAUUGAAUGGGUUUUUAAUUGUCCAGCGAACCCGUCUGAGGGCGGAGUUUGGGAGCGCAUGGUGCAGUGCGUCAAGAGAGUACUGCGUCAUACCCUGAAGGAAGUUGCGCCGAGGGACCAUGUAUUGGAGAGUUUCCUGAUUGAGGCGGAGAAUAUUGUAAACUCGCGUCCGCUCACCCACUUGCCUGUGGAUGCGGACCAGGAGGCGCCGUUGACGCCAAACGAUCUACUCAAGGGAGUAGCCAAUCUGCCGGAUACGCCUGGAUUGGAUGCGGAGCUGCCCAAGGAGGGUUCUACGAGGAAGCAGUGGAGGAUUGCUCGCCUGCUACGAGACCGUUUCUGGAGGAGGUGGGUCAUGGAGUACCUGCCUAAGCUUGUGCGCCGCGAGAAAUGGUGCCGCCGAACGGAGCCCAUCCAACAGGGUGAUAUGGUCUUCGUCUGCGAUCCAGCCUUGGCCCGACGAGAGUGGCGCAAGGGCAUCGUGGAGGAGAUCUACAGCGGAGCUGAUGGAGUCGUCAGACGCGCUAAGGUGCGCGUGAACGACAACGGCCUAUCUAGGACAAUGAUGCGACCCGUCUCUAAACUUGCUGUUUUGGAUUUGAGUGAAGCGGUUCUUCACGGGGUCGGGGAUGUCGCGCAUCGAAUAUUGUUAUCGAUAGGCUAG